AUGUCUCUACAACUGCUGAACCCUAAGGCCGAAUCAUUGAGAAGAGAUGCGGCCUUGAAAGUGAACGUCACGUCAGCGGAAGGUCUCCAGUCGGUGCUGGAAACCAAUCUGGGUCCCAAGGGAACUUUAAAGAUGCUGGUGGAUAGCGCUGGCAAUAUAAAACUUACAAAGGACGGGAAAGUGCUGCUCACAGAAAUGCAAAUCCAAUCGCCCACUGCUGUGAUGAUAGCGAGAGCUGCGGCGGCUCAGGAUGAGAUCACCGGCGACGGCACAACCACCGUGGUGUGUCUGGUGGGAGAGCUGUUGAAACAGGCUCACAGAUUCAUUCAAGAGGGUGUGCACCCCAGGAUGAUAACGGACGGGUUUGAAAUCGCACGUCGUGAGACCAUGGAGUUUUUGAACGGGUACAAGAUCGAGAAAACCGCGGAAGGUGACAUGGACCGUGAAUUUCUGCUGCAAGUGGCCAGAAGCUCGCUUUCAACCAAAGUGACACCAGAAUUGACCGAAGUCCUAACUCCAAUCGUGACUGACGCCGUUCUAAGCGUUCAAAACGCGGACAGCCGCUCGUUGGACUUGCAUAUGGUUGAAAUUAUGCAAAUGCAGCAUCUCUCUGCCAAAGAUACAACAUUCAUCAAGGGUCUCGUACUGGAUCAUGGUGCGAGACACCCCGAUAUGCCAACCAGAGUAGAAAAUGCCCACGUCUUGAUUCUAAACGUCUCGCUAGAAUACGAGAAGACUGAGGUUAAUUCCGGCUUCUACUACAGCUCUGCAGACCAAAGAGACAAGCUUGCUGCUAGCGAGAGAAAAUUUGUGGACGAAAAACUCAAAAAGAUCAUAGACCUCAAAAACGAGGUAUGCGGGCUCGAUUCCAACACGGGAUUCGUGAUAAUCAACCAGAAGGGUAUCGAUCCUUUGUCUUUGGAUGUGCUCGCCAAGCACAACAUUCUCGCCCUGAGAAGAGCCAAGAGACGCAACAUGGAGAGACUGCAGCUCGUCACGGGCGGAGAAGCUCAGAACUCCGUUGAUGAUCUAUCACCAUCGAUUUUGGGUUACUCUGGUCUUGUUUACGAGCAGACCAUCGGCGAAGAGAAGUUCACCUACGUCACUGAAAACCGCGAUCCUAAAUCCUGUACCAUCUUGAUCAAAGGUGCCACCUAUCAUGCUCUCAACCAAACAAAAGACGCCGUAAGAGACGGUCUAAGAGCCGUUGCUAACGUCCUCAAAGAUAAGUCUGUCGUUCCAGGUGCUGGUGCUUUCUACUUGGCCGCUUCGAACCAUCUGAGGAACGCCAAUGCCGUCAAGCUAGGCGCCAAAGGUAAAGUGAAGUCCGGUGUACAGGCUUUCGCCGAAGCACUACUUGUGGUUCCCAAGACUCUUAUCAAAAACUCUGGAUACGACGCCCUGGACGUGCUGGCCCUGUGUCAAGAUGAGCUCGACGAAAAUGCUGAUAGAACAGUGGGUGUGGACUUAAAAGUUGGAGACUCCUGCGAUCCUACAAUCGAAGGUAUUUGGGAUUCCUACCGUGUCAUUAGAAAUGCAAUCACUGGUUCCACUGGCAUUGCAAGCAAUCUACUAUUGUGCGAUGAGCUUUUGAGAGCCGGUAGAUCUACUUUGAAAGAAGGGCCUCCACAAUGA